UCUAUGGCUUCUUACUCCGCAGCAACCACAAUCGUAAAAUGAAUUGUUGACAGUCAAAACGAAGCUAGAGUAAAUUUCUAAACGGCACAAUUUCUAACUGUACUUACUAUAUUUGACCUGUUGGACCAAACUACAGUCAGUGUUCCAUAAAAAUAAAUUCCAAACAUCACACGCCAUAUGACAGAAACCUCGUCCGCAAAGCGCCCUUUGACCAUUCUUUAUUAGUUGCAGAUCAUAGUUAUAAAGAUGAGCAGAGGAAGUGUCUUCAAAUGACAACAUGGAGCUGGUCAGACUUGUGCGAGCGUGUGUGACUUUACUUCUUUUUCUUAGCAGUAGCUGUGGCGCUUACAUGGCAUCAGCGCCAACUCUAAAAAUGGACCAGGCUUUGGUAAUAUUUCAUAACCAGCUGCCACAUGAAGUGAAAGUCCUCUACACAUCUGAUUAUUGUUACAAGUGUGUGUACCAGAGUUUGGUGAAUGUGAGACCCAACUACAAAAAGGCAUCUGCAAUCAUCAGCACCAAAUUCGCUUUGAGUAUGCGAGUGGAAUCCAUUGAGGAUAAUACCGUUCUUUGCCGAUGGACGCAGAAAUAUCAUGAAGAUGGUCAUUAUACGGUUUGGAUCCUCUGGUCGUACGAUAGCAGGAAUGCCACCUGUAUUCAUAGCGUGGACGGAGAACCUCACAAUUCCUACUUGCCUAUUCUGGUGGCGACUCUCUUCUUGGCUGUAACCGCUCUCUUAUUCGUUGUUGCACCUUACAUCUACAGAAAGUGUUACGCAUCUAAAUUUGCAAAGAGCAUUUGUUGUCAAAGGCCCCAGUACUCGCUGGAUAAUGAUGAAGCGAAUGCUCCCCAAGCUGAGGGCAGUGGCACCAAAGUAAAACAUAAACGUCUGCGUUCGUUGGACGCUUUUCGAGGGUUUGCCCUGACCGUGAUGGUGUUUGUCAACUACGGCGGAGGAGGCUACUGGUUCUUCCAACAUGCACCGUGGAAUGGUUUGACUGUGGCGGAUCUCGUCAUGCCAUGGUUUGUCUUCAUUAUCGGGACCUCAGUGGUGUUGGCGUUGAGCUCCAUGCAGAGGAAAGGCGUAGGCCGCCUGCAGCUGCUGCAAAAAAUCACGUGGAGAACGGCGGUCCUGCUGACUCUCGGCUUCUGCUUCCUCAACUACUCCCCGCGUGAUGGACCACUUUCUUGGUCAUGGCUCAGGAUCCCGGGAGUACUGCAGCGAUUGGGCUUCACUUAUUUUGUUUUGGCUCUCCUGCAGACUCUAGGGGGAAACGAGAAGACUGGACAAAAAGCGGAUCACUGGUGGGCCCCCAUCCAGGAUGUGGUGGCGUACUGGCCCCAGUGGCUGACCAUCAUCCUCUUGGAGACCUUAUGGCUGUGCAUCACCUUCCUCCUCCCUGUACCCAAUUGCCCCACAGGCUAUCUGGGAGCUGGUGGAAUUGGAGAUGAUGGGCUUUACCCCAAUUGCACUGGAGGAGCAGCGGGAUAUGUUGACAGGUGGUUAUUUGGGGACAACAUGUACAGGUAUCCCACGUGCAAAGAAUUGUAUCGCACCACCCAACCUUUUGACCCAGAGGGGAUUCUGGGAACAAUCAACUCCAUUGUGAUGGGAUUUCUGGGAAUGCAGGCAGGGAAAAUCCUCAUUUUCUACAAGGAGAAGAACAUUCACAUCCUGUGCAGGUUCCUCGUGUGGGCCACCAUCUUGGGAAUCUCGGCAGCCGUCCUUUCAAAGUGCACGCGAGACGAAGGAUUUAUACCUAUCAAUAAAAACCUUUGGUCAUUGUCCUACGUGACGUGUAUGGGCUGCCUCUCCUUCCUGUUGCUGGCAGCCAUGUAUUUUGUCACGGACGUUAUGGGCUGGUGGGGCGGACAACCGUUCGUAUAUCCAGGAAUGAACUCCAUCUUGGUGUACGUAGGACACACUCUCCUGGGUUUCUACUUCCCCUUCAGCUGGGAGAUGCGGUUCCAGGAAAGCCACUGGGAGUGGCUCUUCCAAAGCCUGUGGGGAACUGCAUUGUGGGUGCUCAUUGCCUACUUGCUCUACAGAAAGAAAUUCUUUCUCAAAAUUUGACGAUUUAGAGCAUAGGUGUCAAACUCUAGGCCCGGGGGCCAGAUACGGCCCGCCACAUCAUUUUAUGUGGCCCGCAAAGACAAAUUGUGUGUCAAUACUAAAAUUACAAAUUGUCUUUACUUUAAAAAAAAUAACAAUAUUGCUAGUAAUUUUUUUUUUUUUACCAUUCAUCUUUUUAUGACUACGAUGCGACUCGCGACAAAAAUGAGUUUGAGGCCCCUGAUUUAGAGGAUCUUCUCUAUUUUGAGCAAGUCAAAUCAUGAACUUUUGUUGUCUGUAAUGGAGAUUCGCCAAACUUAUCUGCAUACAUAUUUGGAUAUUUUGUUAUCAUCCAAAUUGAUCAAAUAUAAUAAUUGUUUUUUCAACUUUUUUUAAGACAAUAAGGAAAAGGUAAACAAUUGUUACGUACAUAAAAAGACUUUUCAAAUAAGUUCUGCUGAUUGGUUGUCAAAUGUGAACAGCUACACUUUGAUGUAAUGAUUGACUUGAAUCAACGACUUGGUCAUUAAAAAUUAAAACCCAAAUAUUUUCGUAUAUUAUCUAUAGACCGUUUUAGUACAUUCUAUUUAACUCCAUAGCAACAAAAUCUUUUAUUGUACUUACCUACAAUUUUUUGUAAUUUAAUGAAAUCACGUCUGCUACUGAGUUAUGGAGUUUAAAUGAACAAAUAUAGCUUAAAAAAUAUAUAUUCCAUUGUGACUAAAUAUUGGUGCUCCUGUUGAGUGCAGGAAAUGCAAGUAACUUGUGAAUUAAUUACAGUGAUUAAAUUAAAUAUAGUGAGGUGGUACUUAACAAAUUAGACCAAGUGAUUCUAGCGCACACCAGGUCACAGCCAUUAUAGGUCUGUUGCCAUGGACACGCCCCUUUUUCUUUGCGUGUGUGUGUGCCACCUGCCCGUUUGAGUGACAAUACUUUAAUAGGGGUCAAGAUGCACAACUCACAUUAAUGGGAUGGACACCUCUCGGCUCACACUCAUCCUGUUGGAGAAUCAAGGAAAUUAAAUGUGAUAUAUCAGAGGACAGCAACAAAGCCAUGGCUGAGCCUCUGCAUAGAUUAGAUGAAGAAAUGUGGUGGAACACCUGCUGAUGUGGCUGGACACCUACAGACUGUCAGGUUCUUACACACCACACCCUGCUUGCUUAUUAACAGCUAUGCGUGUGCUCUAUCCCAUCAAAACACAAAUUUAUUAGCAUACACAAACAAUUUGUACUACUCCCAGAUCAUUAUGUUCCUCCAUUAUUCCCCCCCAUGCAGAAAUCCUCUUGUCUCCCCAUGAUCACUUUUGGUGGUGUGUACAUACUUUAAUAAUAAAUACGGUGACGUGAUUCUGCUGGUUGCUCCACUCUCAGUAGGGUCACUCUGGGUUCUUGACUAAGACUCAAAGUCCAUUAGGCGUUUCUUAAACUGCUCUGCCAGCAUUGCAAAUGCAUUACGUUGUCAAUUGUUCUGAUUUGGGAUUUUUUUUUUUUUAAUGUUGAAGCUGCACUUGAAAAAAAUACAAUUAGCAUGUAACUGUGAACUAAUAAUAGAGCAUUGGAUGCUUUUAAAAGAGUAAAUUUUGAAAUGCGAUUACUUCAAAUGUAACACCAUGCCAGCUUUAUUUAAGACGCUUCUUGUGGUUUGACAUAGCAUGUCUGAACCACCACACUCCCUUGCUCCUAUUGAUUCUCGUUAUGCAUACGUCUCAAGACAGCUAUAGUCUGUCAUGUGGAAACUUUAUCCAAUGUUCUAAUGGUGCCUUCUCUUGACUCCUAUAUCACGUAAUGCUCUCUUACGUCCCUCGAUAGGGCCAACAGGAUGUACAUGUAAAUACACAAAUGCUCAGCAGUGAUUCCAAAUGAUGAAAUCCUGCACAAAUGUAUAGUUGUCACUUCCAUUUUUUCCCCCUCCAUUUGAUGAUUUAUUAAACCAUGAACAACUAUUGAAUGUAAGUGAAGGCUCCUGAGAAGUUGUGACAUGCAGUUGCAUUUAGACACUGCUUGCAAAGUAAAUGCUGUGUGACUGACUGGUGUCCUGCCCUAAGGCAGCAGCAAUGCAUCACUCCACACUAUCCAGUCACACACACACAUGCACACACACUCAAAACACUCCUGAGCAGGGAAAAGCCUAAAGGUAGCAUUUAACAAGUUAUUUCUGUGACUGGCCACCAUGUUAUGACAGCUUGGCAACUGGCAUACAAGAAUGUUUUUACAAUAUUUGAUUAUUCAUACUUAAUUUUGAUUGACAUAGUUAGAGAACUGGUAUGGAUUUUAACAGAGCCAAAACAAUGAAGAGACUUGGGUGACCAAUCAAAUGAAAGCCGAGCAGCGACUCUAUUGGAAGUUUUUGGUUAUUAAUUUGUGAUCAAUAAAAAGAGCUUGGGGAUAAGGGCAUCCUUAUUUCUAACCCAAAUUAUCCAGCAAAUCUGAUAAAAAGGCAUUAAAAAAAUAUGAAAACUGAAACAGUGGAAUGAGAAAAAAAAUAUGAAAACUAAAACAAUGGAAUGAGAUCUCACUAGAUUCAUUUUCCGAUUAUAAUAGCAAAGGUUUAGGCACGAACAGGUAGAUUUUUUUUUAAAUUCACGCCCAUGCAGGCACUUUUUUUUUUCUACUGCACCUUUCUUAAUAGUUUAAACGUAUGUAAUGGUUAUUAUUCAUUAUUUUCCUCCUUGCUGUGUGUUAAUGAGA